UGUGUCCUGCCCCUGCCACGUCAGUCUGACGGUUAUCGGAGGAGGAUCUCAUCCCGGGUAGUGAAGGAAGGCGGUGCUCUCAGGAGAUGUAGCCGUGUCUUUAGUCCUACUACUGAAGUGAGAGGGAAGUAUUGAAUGAUCAGCAGCUGCUCCAAAGAUCUAACGGAGAGACCAUGGACAUCAGCAAACUGGCUGAGAGACUCGCUGAAGCCGGGCAGUCUCAUGUCCUCCAGUUUUGGGAUCAGCUGAACCCAGAGGAUCAAGCUGAGAUUAGUGUCGAUCUGGAGAGCAUGAACUUCAUGGAGAUCAAUAGCUUCUUUAAAACGGCCAUGAAGACAUCUGGGCAGAGCUCCCAGGAGAAAGUAGACACCAGGAUGGAACCGGUGCCUCGGGAACAUUUGGGGAGUGUAACACGUGAUCGUGAAAGUCUUAAAGAAUGGGAAGAAGAGGGCCUGCGCUGUAUAUCAGAGAACAAAGUGGCGGUUCUUCUGUUGGCUGGAGGUCAAGGGACACGGUUGGGUGUAUCAUUUCCAAAAGGCAUGUAUGACGUUGGCCUCCCUUCCCACAAAACCCUCUUUCAGAUCCAGGCAGAACGCAUCCAAAGACUGGAACAGCUCGCUGAAAAACAGCACUCAAGGAAGUGCAGCAUUCCAUGGUACAUUAUGACAAGUGGCAGAACAAUGGACAUGACCAAAAACUUCUUCAAACAACACAACUACUUCGGCCUGAAGGAAGAGAAUGUGUUUUUCUUUCAGCAAGGCAUGCUUCCCGCUGUAGACUUUAAUGGGAAAAUUAUUCUAGAAGGCAAAGGCAAACUGGCAAUGGCACCAGAUGGAAACGGGGGCCUGUACAGAGCUCUGGGGACACAGAACAUUGUGAAGGACAUGGAGACGAGAGGAAUCUCCUACAUCCACGUCUACUGCGUAGACAACAUUCUUGUGAAAGUGGCCGACCCUGCUUUCAUUGGCUUCUGUACACUUAAAGGAGCAGACUGCGGUGCAAAGGUUGUGGAGAAGACCAAUCCAACAGAGGCGGUGGGCGUGGUCUGUAAGGUGGAUGGGCUUUAUCAAGUAGUGGAGUACAGCGAGAUUACCUUGGCAACGGCAGAGAAGCGAAGCACCGAUGGUCGACUUAUGUUCAAUGCUGGCAACAUAGCGAAUCACUACUUCACCCUCACAUUCCUCAAAGAGAUUGUGAGGACUCACGAGCCGCAGUUGCAGCAUCAUGUGGCACAGAAGAAAAUUCCCUACGUGAACACACAAGGGCAGCUAAUCAAACCUGACAAACCCAAUGGGAUUAAGAUGGAAAAAUUUGUCUUCGACAUAUUCCAGUUUGCCAAAAAGUUUGUGGUAUAUGAAGUUCUAAGAGAAGAUGAGUUUUCUCCGUUGAAGAAUGCAGACAGUCAGGAUGGGAAGGACAACCCCACUACAGCCCGUCACGCCCUCAUGUCCCUGCAUCACCGCUGGAUCUUAAAUGCAGGAGGGCAUUUCGUUGAUGAGAAUGGAACCCGCAUACCUGCUAUACCCAGACAUGGACCAGCAGGGACAGUCACUCCUGAAGUCAGCCAGAACCUGAAGGAUGGAACAGACCUGCCAAUCAAAUGUGAGAUCUCUCCUCUUGUGUCCUAUGGUGGUGAGGGGUUGGAGCAUCUUGUGAACGGGCAAGCUUUCCAGUCCACUCUGGUCAUUGAUGAGAAAGGCGUCCAUGAACUCGUGAAGAACGGCCUGUGAACAUACAGCCGGCUGCUGCACUUAAAACCAAAAUGAAAACUCUUGAUCUCUUUAUCAUCUUCAUCUCACUUCCUGCCAGGGUGGAGGAAACUGUGAAAUUAAUGUACAAUAAAUUGAAGGAACAGGGGCAGAAUGCUAAUCACAAUCAAACCCUUUUAUGAUCAAACUAUUUAUUUUGUGGAGACUUAUUUUUAUAUUAAUGUGCAGUGCUUUUUUUUUCUUGAAUUGGGGCAUGAAUUUAGCUGUUUAAUUUAUACAACAAAUGAUACACAAUGGUAUAUACUGUUCUGCAGGUUGCAUGAAUGGACACCGCUAAGAUUAUUUUACAAAAUAUAGAUGCAUGUGAAAACUUCACAAACCAAAGUGAAUGUCUGUUUUUAGCUGGUUUGUUUUUCGACCAGAAAAAGCGAGUGAGAAUGUGACAUUGCAUCAGACUUUCCAGCACAGGGUUUAUGGGAGAUGUUCUGAUUGGUUGGAGUCUCUUUUUGCUUUAGAAAGUGUGCACUCACUGAGACACCAACUCUUUCUCCUCACUCUUUAUCUCACUUGCAGUCUUUAGCACUUCUCUUCUCUCACUUCCCGAUUAGCCUUUGUCUGCAUCAUCCAAGUUAGUUUAUUUGUGCAUAUCCAUGUAUUAAAUAAUUUAUCAUGUUGAAAGA